AUGUCUCAUAAUGGUUCCGGGAAUGCCCCAACCCCAAUACUUCAGCGGGUUGGGCUCACUGGCGCUGCAGCGCGAUUUGCGCAACACUCAUACGGCGCUGACUACAUCGCAUUAGCCUUCCUAGUGAUAGGAUGGGUUUUAAUUCAACUGUUCGUGAACCCAUUUCAUCGCAUGUUUUCUCUAGAUAACAAAUCCAUCCAAUACCCAUUCGCUGUCCACGAACGAGUCCCUGUUUUGUGGUCUGUUAUCCUUGCCGGCGUUAUUCCUUUUCUCAUUAUACUAGCAUGGUCCGCGAUGCUUCGCGCUGGUGUGCAAAAGACGCAAGUGACGGUACUCGGCCUAUUCGUGGCUUUGAUGUUGACCUCACUAUUGACCGAUAUCAUAAAAAACUCAGUGGGAAGGCCACGUCCAGACUUGUUGUCGCGUUGCAAACCAGCUCGUGGUACGCCGAACAAUGCGCUGGUCGCAUGGACUGUUUGUACGGAAUCCAACCAGCACAUUCUACAAGAGGGAUGGCGGAGCUUUCCUAGUGGACACAGUAGCUUUUCCUUCGGUGGCCUAGGCUACCUAUCUAUGUUUCUUUGUGGUCAGAUGCACGUGUUCCGACCUCGGACUGAUCUUGGCCGCUGUCUGCUGGCAUUCUUCCCUCUUUUGUGUGCCCUGAUGAUCGCCAUCUCGAGAUUGGACGAUUAUAGACAUGACGUAUACGAUGUGACGUGUGGAGGGCUUUUAGGCAUGUCGAUUGCCUGGUUCUCGUACCGCCGCUACUAUCCGUCGCUGCGAUCAGUCUUCUGCGAUGUUCCCCACGACAAGGCUGAUCUUGCUGGACCAGACGGCUUUUCCAAACUGGAUGACGAGGAGCAGGCUCUCUCGCGGCCUUUUAUUUCACGCGCUGGCCCCUCAAACGAAGGCUAUCAGCUUCAGGAUACGAGCUCACCACGAUGA